GAAGUGUUCAUGAGGACUUGACACAGUUCAUCAAAGACAAGACAAGCAGCUGCUGUACUAUUUGAAGAAUUAUUAUAUAUCAUAUUAAUAUUAUUAUAUGUAAUAUUAAAUAUAAUAUUCAUUUGCCAAGAUGUUUCGGUCAGCGGUGGAGCACGCCAGGAAGCACCCAGGCCUGAUCCCACAGUUCUUCUUCAUCGUUUUGGGAAUGGGUGGAGCUUCUCUCUACCUGAUACGAUUGGCCAAAGGCCCCCAUGUGACAUGGAACAAGAGCAGUAAUCCUGAACCUUGGAACAAACUUCAUCCCACUUACCAGUACAAGUUUGUGACCAUCACCACCGACUACAAGAAGCUCAAGAAGGAAGGACCAGAAUUCUAAUCAUCACCCACUAACUAACUAACUAACUAACCAACUAACUAACUACCCAACUAACCAACCAACUAAUCAACUAACUAAC